AUGUCUUCUGUCCUGCAGGGCUACCGGCGUCUGAGCGUCGACAUCGAGGCUAUGAGAGACAUGAGAAGAGAGGUGCGAGAUAAGUGGAAGAUGAUCUUAGAGAAUCUGGGGUUCAUGGCUGAAGCCGAGUCUCUGCUGACUGUGUCCACCAGCGCAUCAUGUGACCGCAUGAGAAACGCAGCGGUCGCCCGCAGCCUGCUGCAGACCCUCCACACGGAGACAUCCAUAUUCAACCGCAAAGAGGCUCCACCCGAGAGAUACCUCUUCAUCCUGGACCGGCUGAUUUAUCUGGAUGCUGCUGAGGAUUUUGUGGCCAAGGCUCGACGCUUCUACCCUCCUAAAGAUGAUGAUGAUGAUGAUGAAGAGGACAACACCGGUCGAAUAAAUCUCCCUCUGCUGCUGUCCCGCAUGAAUCAGAACAUCUCUGGAGGAGAGGACGAGGAUGAAGAGGGCGAGACCACCGGUCCAGAGGACUGACAGUGAGAUUAGAUUGUGUUGAGGGUUUCAGAAUUCAGUUUGAGGGGUUUUGGAGGUAAAAGUAUUUUGACUGAUGUGGGUUCGGGUUUUAGGGUGGAUGAUGGGGAUGCUUAAGAUUAAAUGGUGCAGGUUUAAACCAUUUAUUAGACAAAUGAUUUUCUGAGAAAUAGGAGACUUUUUAGAAACAUAGAAAUAGCUGCAGGUCUCACAUUUUAUGUAACUAUGAAUUAUAAAAUUAUUAGAAGAUUCAGGAUUACGGAGGCAUGUUGAUAUUGUAAGGCUUAGAUUGUGAAGUGAAUUUAAAUAAGUAGAAAUGAAAUGCA